AUGGUUCACAAAGACGCUUUCGUGCCGUUGGAUGAGUUCCCGGAGGUGAAAAAAGCGAAGAAUAAGGGAAUUAAGGGCCAGCUGUUGGACAAAUUCAAGGUAAGGAUUACUGUAUUUUUUUUUAAAUAAUUUUUUUUGCGCUAGCCGGCCCAAACCUUCAGAAGUUCUGAACAACAACUUUUUCUUCAUUUUUUUCAAAUUUUAGCCAAAUCCGAAAAAUCAGGGCCAUUUUAUACGCCUAAAUAUGUUUUAUCGUAUAAAAUGUCUCACGCCUUCAAUUCUGGAGUGAUUCUUUGGUUGUUUGAUGAUUCUGCAAGAAAAUAUUCUGAUCUAUCCUUCUAACGCAGGUUUUAUCAAAUUUUUUUAGUCAGAGAUAUUUUAUACGUAGAAACAUGUUUGAUGGUAUAAAAUGUCUUACUUGUCAUGCAGCCAUACGAAAAGAGCUGCACUUGAUAAAAUACGGCAUUUCUAAGUAAUUGCUACUUAAUUUUUGUGAAUUUCUUCACGGUUGACCACCUUCUACGAUGAAACAUGUUUUUUCGUAUAACGUGUCACAGAAUAGUCAUGUGUCUAAAAAAAUUAUGUUAACACGGUAAAAUAUGGCUGUCAUCAAGUAGCUAAAUUAAAUUUUCCAAGAUUUUUGGUCUCGGACAUCUUAUACGAUGAAACAUGUUUACUGGUAUAAAAUGUCUUCAGAUAAAACACGAAUAUGGCACUAUCGUAUUUUACCACUUUUCAGCCUUAAAACUUCCCUAUUUCAGAAUAUCCAGACCAGAUUUUCACGGGAUCUCCCCGCCGAACCAGUCCGCGCUCCAUUAGCAAGGCCAGAAGAGAGUCGAGAAUGCUCUGUAGCUUCUUAUUAUUGUCAGAUCGAGGACACAACUGUCCGGGAUGACCGAAAAUCACCUCUAGCAAAAUUGCGGAAACGGCUUUUGGCCAGAAAUGAUUUGGAUCGGAAAUUAAUUCGAAUGAAAAGUGAUGAACAUCAGAGCAGAAGGCCUCACAAUCUACGGCAAAUGCAAUCAAAAAGUGUGGAUGAUGAUCUGGAAGGCUCCACCGAUGAAUAGUAUGUUGAUUUUGGGUAUUUUUGGCGAUUUUAUACGAUCAAACAUGUUUUGUCGUACAAAAUGUCCACCGGACAUUGAAACGGUGUAAAAAUGGCUUUUAUUGAGUUAAUUUGGACAUGUAAUUCUUUUUAAUCUGGAAUUAUUGGAAUACGUUGUUCUAUUGACGUUUUAUACCAUCAAACAUGUUUUGUCGUAUAAAAUGUCCAAACCUUUCAACUAUACAAAAAUUUGCUUAUCGAUGACUUGGAAUGAACAUAUCCUGUCAUAUUUCAAAAUAUUUUGUUUAUGAGCCGAUUAGCAGACAUUUUAUACGCUAAAACAUGUUUGGACAUAUAAAAUGUCAUAACUGAAAGAUUUUAAAAUAUUUUUAUCCUUUCCUAGCCAUUAAUUGGCCGCCUAGAGCUUUGUCUCGCUAUGAAAGACAAUACUUUGCUAAAACCCUUGAUUAAGACAUUUUAUACGAGAAAACAUGUUUGAUCGUAUAAAAUGUCGGGGAUUGCCGAAACAUGCCACAAUGUUGAUUUUUUCAGCACCGAGAUUCCAAUGGAUCUGUCGAUUCAAAGUUCGCCGCCUGACGUCGUAUCUCAUCGCUCAAAUCGCCCCACUGCACCUCGUCCCCGCUCUCUGGACAAAUUGCCGCCGGUCCCGAACGGAAAACAUCGAAUAAUGGAGCGGAAGAUACUCUCCGGAUCAUAUCAAAUCCGAGUAGUACGACGACCACAUUCGUUGGACUUGGAGCGGCGAGAGAUGACGGCAAAUUCGUGGCAAAGCCAGACAAGCGCUGUCACCGAGGAUUUCAGAGAUUAUAGGUAAAUUUUGGGCGAUUUUCUGGGUACUAAACGUCUUAGUUUCGGCUAAAGACAUCAGGGAUCAUCAUUUAGCAAUUGGAUUUUGAAUUGCAAGGCUGGGAGACAUGUUAUACGAUAAAAUAUGUUUCAUCGUAUAAGAUGUCUGUAAGCCGCAAAGAGCUAAAAGAUGGAGAGUUUUCCUCUAGUACACGCUAUUCUUUGAUAAAACAAAAAAAUUUGCAUAACGUUGGACAUUUUAUACGACCAAACAUGCUUCAUCGUAUAACUUGUCCCACAGCGCUUGUUCAAUAUAAAAUGCCUGAAGAUUUGUAACUUAUUUAUCAGCAGUACAGAAAAAGCCAAAUUUUAAAACCAUAAGCCGUUUAGGAGACAUUUUAUACGACCAAACAUUUUUCAUCGUAUAACUUGUCGUUCAUCAUCUGUUCUCGAUUUUUUAGAGACGGAAUCUUCGACGAUAUCUAUGACGAAGUUUACGAGGAAAAAUCAAAGCCUAAGGCCACCGUGGAGCCCAUGAAAACCCCAAAAAUACCAAUUGAAAAGCCGGCUGUCACUAAAAACGAGCGAAAAUUGGAAGAUGUUCUGGAAGAUGAGGAGCCGGAAGAACAAUUUGUCGAUGUCAUCAUGCGAAAACCGGAGGAGAAAUCGAUUUAUCGGCUGAAUUUGAGGCCAACGGAAAAAGUGGACAUUGAAGUUGGCCAGGAAAAUCAAAAAAUUUCGUUGGAGAAUGGUAAAUUGAAGCAUUUUUUUGUGUAUUAAAAUACGUAUUUUACAAUUUAAAACCAAUCGCUGCACCGUGCAAACAAAGUUUUUCCGACUGCACUGUGCAGUUUUUAUUUUGCUCAAUUUUGCACCGUGCAGUAAAAAAAAUUUGGAAAUUUUUUUUUGCACUGUGCAAACUUCAAUUUCGUUACGUCUUGCACAGUGCAGACCGAAAAUUUGUCGCCACUGCACCGUGCAACAAACCGGUUUUUCCACUGCACUGUGCGGUUUUUAUUUUUCUCAAUUUUGCACCGUGCAGUCAAAAUUUUUGGCGAUUUCUUUUCUGCACUGUGCGAACUUCAGUUUCGUUACAUUUUGCACAGUGCAGACCGAAAAUUUGUCGCCGCUGCACUGUGCAACAAACUGGUUUUACACUGCACUGUGCGAAUUUAUUCCUUUUUUCUAAUUGCACUGUGCGAUACAAAAGCAAAAAAUGGCGCAAAAAUUUUUUUUUGGGGUCUUUAAUUUUCUAAAAUUUGAAUUGCAGCUCAAACCAAGUCGAAUAACGACGCAACUGAAGACUUUGAGAACACCGAAAAUGAUUUGGACAGUAAAAUCUACAAUUAUGAGUGUUACAGUCCGACGCAAACCGCAUUUUCCGGAGCUUCGACGAGAACAAGAACCAACAGUGAGACUUCGAGCAUGAUCAGUAAUCUGGUAGGCCAAAACCUCAAUUUUUCGCAAAAAUUUCUUCUGCACAGUGCGAAAAAACUCGAUUUUUUCAGCCCGAUCCCUCGAUUCCGGAUGUCGAUGAAGACGGUGUGGAAUGGAUUCACACGUGCCCAAUUGUCACCACAAGGCUUAUAAAGCAGGAUUUGAACAAGUUUUAUCCUCGUAUUCUGCCGUACGGCAUGUUAUUGCGAUGUGACAAGGGCUUUGUAAAUAUGCCAAUUACCGAGUAUUUUGUUAUAUGGAGUAAUGGAUAUGUUGCGAUGGGAAUCAUCAAGGAUAUUGAGGGAUAUGAAGGUCGGUUUUGAGAGAUUUACGAGCUUUGGAGACGGGUUAUACGAUCAAACGUGUUUCAUCGUAUAAAAAGUCGCCAGGCGUACAGAAAUUUUUAACUAUCUGUAUUUUGAUAAGACAUUGCACUUGACAGUCGUUUUUUGUAAUAGCGACGCUACAGCGACAAGUUAUACGAUGAAACAUGUUUCAUCGUAUAAAAAGUCGCCAGGGCGUCCAAAAACUUUAAACUUGUUGUAUUUUGGUGACAUAUCACAUUUGACUGUCGUUUUUAUAAUAACAACAUGAAAGCGACAAGUUAUACGACAAAACAUGUUUCAUCGUAUAACAUGGUUCUGACGACUUAAAUAUUAAAAAUUUUGACUGAGACUUGUCACAUUUAACGUAUUUAUUAUUCUUAAAGUGAUUUAUGUAUGUAAAAAGUUAAGCGACAAGUUAUACGAUCAAACCGGUUUCAUCGUAUAAAAUGUCCCCCGCUAAAAUCUGAAGUCAGAUUUUAAUUUCAGGUCAACCAGUGAGUAUUCAAGUUGGCAAUUUUCAUUGCUCAAAGGCAGGCGAUCUUUUCGUCGGCUGCACUGUGCAAGUCUCCCGUUACAGUAAUGUAAAAAUCAACGGGAAAGUCCGAAAACUAGUGCACCCCGAAGACUUCACCUUCGAGGAUUUGAGUGAUCAAAGCGGAAUCCCAAAGCCCCAAGCGUUCGCCGUGAAAUGGUCGAUAAAAAGGGAGAAUCAACCCGAACUGCUGAGGCACUUGGGGAAGAUCGAGGAAUUUCGCUUCGCCCAGCGGAAAAAUGGAAGAGGAUUUCGAUUAUUUGGGGUGGUUAUGGACUCCGAGAACAUGCAAAAGCAUUUGGUAAAGGACGACAACUUUCCUGGAUACAUAAAAGGCGGGUUUUUCGGGUUUUCGAAAACCGCACUGUGCGGAGAAAAGUUUUGAGAAUUUUGCACGGUGCAAGGGGAAAUCGGAUUAUUUUUACAAUUUUAUAUUGUAAAUUGGAAGCAUUUGAUGAUGCUUGCCUGAAAAAAAUUCUCUAGAAUCAUCGUUGCACAGUGCAAUAUCCAUUUUUUCAAACUGCACAGUGCAGUUUAAUGUUUUGCAAUUUUUGCACGGUGCAAGAGAAAAUAAGAUUAUUUUUGAAGCUAGAUAAUAUUGGAGAACCAUUUCAAACCAUAUUUGCAAUUCUCAUAAUUUUUCGAUAUGUUGCACAGUGCAAAUUUCGACUUUUUUCAAACUGCACAGUGCAAUUUAAAGUUUUGCAAUUUUUGCACGGUGCAAUAGACAGUACGGUUAUUUUUGAAGCUAGAUAAUAUUGGAGGACCAUUUCAAACCAUACUUGCAAUUCUCAUAAUUUUUCGAUAUGUUGCACAGUGCAAAUUUCGAGUUUUUUCAACCUGCACAGUGCGGUUUAAAAUUUUGCAAUUUUUGCACGGUGCAUGGGAAAUUCGGAAAACUUUUUUUGGCCACACGAUUUUCAGGCCAGGUAAAAUAAUUUUAUUUCAUUUUCAAUACUAUUCAAUUCUUUUGCACUGUGCAAUUCCGAUUUCUUUUCAUUGCACCGUGCAGAAUUUUACAAGCUGAAAAUUUUAUUUUUCCUUGCGAAUUUUGAUGUCCAAUCUAAAAUAGAACAAUUUUCAGAGCCCUUAAAAGUUGGAGAGCCAGUAGUUUUGACGUUCGCUCGUCUGCCCGUCCCCUAUUGUCAUGUGAAAUGUGAAUUUAAUGAUCUCAUCUUGCCCGAAUGGUGUCAGCGGCUGGAUAAAACGCUGUUGACCCGCGAACCUCUCGACUUUUUCCUCACCGUGGACACCCAUUAUGUAUAA